CCACCUUCAAGAUACACAGGAUGACGGAGAGUCAGGCACCAGCUAUUCAGAAAAGGUCUGCUCUCAUCCUCUAUGGCUCCGAAACCGGGAAUGCCCAUGAGGUGGCAGAAGAGCUGGGAGUGCUGGCUGAACGCCUGCACUUCGUGACUCAAGUCUCCGAAAUGAAUCACGUCAAGCCGGAGAGUCUUCGAUCCCACAAUGUGAUCAUUUUUGCCAUCUCUACCACGGGGCAGGGCGAUCUGCCCGCCAAUGCCCGAUCAUUCUGGCGGUCAUUACUGCUGAAGAAACUCCCGCCCACUUUCUUAAGCGGGGUCAAUUUUGUCUCGUUUGGUCUGGGCGACAGUUCGUAUCCCAAGUUCAAUUGGGCUGCGCGCAAAUUAAACAAACGAUUGCAGCAACUGGGAGCCAACGAGGUAUAUCCAUGCGGGGAAGCCGAUCAGCAACACCCCGAAGGCCUCGAAGGAACCUUUCUCCCUUGGAUGACAGAUUUCCGCAAGUUCUUGCUUGAGGCCUAUCCACUCCCGCCAGGACAAGAUCCGAUACCGGACGACGCCCAGCUACCCCCCAAAUGGGUUCUGCAACCACAGAUUCAGGACACGUCAGAUCAGACGGAACCAACUGUACCCGGAGCCCAGGAGUCUCGCACGGAUUCAGAUGCGUCCCCGGGACUUACUCGGCUGGAUCAUGAUCUGAGACCCCUUCCGGAUACCUUGGCGGCCACACUCACCGGUAAUAAGCGGGUGACACCGCCGAAACAUUGGCAAGAUGUGCGACAUGUCUCUCUCACUGUCCCCGACGCUGUCUCCUACGUCCCAGGGGACAUGCUCGCCAUUACCCCUAAAAACUUCGCGGACGAUGUUGAAGCAAUGAUCAAGAUGAUGGGCUGGGAGGAACAAGCCGACCUGCCUGUUUCCCUAGUCCCUAGGGAUAGCCAGCAAACAGUAGAUGAGGACCACCUUCCUCCGAUUCCAGGUCUCGAGGCAUAUCCCAAACUAACACUGCGAGCGCUUCUGAUGGACUACUUGGAUAUCCGAGCCAUUCCUCGCCGCGCUUUCUUCUCGACGAUAGCCCAUUACACCAAGGAUGAAAUGCACAAGGAGCGACUGCUAGAGUUUACGAAUCCCGAAUUCUUGGAUGAAUUCUGGGACUACACUACCCGACCAAGGCGUAGCAUCAUAGAGGUGCUGUAUGAGUUCGAUUCGGUCAAAAUACCGUGGCAGCAUGCAGUUUCGGUCUUCCCCGUUCUGCGGGCGAGGCAGUUCAGUAUUGCGAGCGGCGGAGAGCUGAAGCGAACCCCGGAAGGAGGGACGAAGUUCGAGCUGCUGAUUGCCACGGUGAAAUACAGAACCAUCAUCAAAAGAAUCAGAGAGGGCGUGUGCACCAGAUACCUCUCGGUGCUCCGACCGGGGAGUACCUUGAGGGUCCAGCUGCAACGGGGAGGUCUGAAUUCCUCCGUGGGCCAGCUAACCGGCACGACGGUUUUGAUAGGACCCGGAACUGGAGUUGCGCCCUUACGGUCCAUGCUUUGGGAGAAGGCGGCUCUCGUCAAAGAAUACAAGGAGCAGAAUCAAGGCGCGGAGCCACCCAUUGGGCCAACCAUCCUCCUUUAUGGCGGCCGCAAUCGGACCUCGGACUACUUCUUCGAGGAUGAGUGGCAGCAACUCAGCGACUUGAUCAAGUUGCAAGUAUUCACGGCGUUCUCACGAGACCAGGGCCAAAAGGUCUACGUGCAGGAUGUUAUCCGCCAAAACCUCGGCCUGUUUUAUCAAUACCUGCAUGAACUGUCAGGCACUGUAUACGUCUGCGGCUCAUCGGGACGGAUGCCACAGGCCGUGCGAGAGUCCCUCACGGAGGCAUUCCAACGCGGAGGGCCAGAAGGAGAGAUCUCCAGCCGAGAAGAGGCGGAGGAGUAUUUGGUGGGCAUGGAGAAAAUCGGGCGGUAUAAGCAAGAGACGUGGUGAGCAUUAGACGCUACAUCAUCCAAGUAGAAGCAUGAAUCAUGAAUAG